AUGAUGCGCAAACAUUGUCGGGACAUUCUUGGUAAUCAGCUACGCUGCUUGUCUUCAGGUGAUAGUGAAGGUGCUAAACUAGGACUCAGUGAAUCGCUUCAACCCUUUUUAGCUAAGAACACUUCAUUUUUUUUAUUUUUCUCAAAGUAG